UGCCACUCCACUGUAGGAAUGGUGUGACUUAACUUGUCAAUACUGGAUUAGCGGUGAUAGAUUCCUCAGGUUUAAAGAAGUUGGCGGUUUUUGUAACAGCGUUGCCCAUGAGAGAGAUGCAGUGCUCAUUAUGCAGAAAACGAAAAAAGAAAAAAAAAAUCGAAGUCGCUCACAAGAGUAGAACCCAUGACUUCCCAAACACCGAGCGAAUGCCCUCUAUGCCAAAGUACAAAAAGGUCUCACGGCGAGCAACGCCAUUUACCAGGCUCGCACUGACGGGAGACCUUCAUGCCGCCAGGACCUGCAACGUUCAGAGCUUACCGUACGGUAAUGAUGAUAGUAAGCUGCUACACUUUAAGCCCGGAAGUGAAAUGCAAGAGGAUACAACGUUCACCAUGUUACAAGCGUGGGACAAAGACGAUAUCUAAGUCCCAUAUCAGUUUAAAUGCAGUUAAAGGGUAAGCUUAUUAGCUCUGUAAAGAGGUCCCUUUCAUAAUCUCGGUUUCAAUUAGAAGCUGACGGUGAAUCAAUAUUAAUAUAAGCACUAUGAUGGUUUAACGUAAUUUGGGGCCUUUUGUUUGUCUUUAUGUCUGAAAUUGAUCCCCUUUCGUAAUUAAAGACUUGAUAUCAAAGUACCACUUGUUUGCGUAUUUGGUUCUAAUUAACUCGGAUUUAAACCAAAUACCUUUAAAUUCGAUACAUUUAUUAUUGCUCUAAGUUAUCACAAUAGCCGCCGACUGGACUAAUUCUGUUAAGCGAAAACUUACCUGCACUCUUAAGUGUCACUCCGAGUAAGCAGGCACUGGACCACAACAAGGCAACCAGCUUAACGAUCUCCGUGACCUCCGCUGGGCCAAUCAGAAGCUAAAUAUUUAACUGCUUAGCAGGUAGAACGCUGAACUUGGCAUGUGAUUAAUGAAAAGCAAACAAAAGCCACCGGACACCGAAUUGUUUUCGUGUUACCUAUAUUUCUCGCUUGAAAGACACAAUUGUUUGUAUUAUUAAUUGUAGAAUUGUGUUUUUACUACAACAGGGAGAAAGAUAUGUAGUCAAAAUAUGAAAGUUUUUAGGUAUUUUGAGCCAGUUUUUCUGUUAUGCGUUUUUCAGUUGUUAGUUGAGUACCCUUGCCAAGGAGAAACGCAUCUUGGACAAAGUAAUGAAAAAUCGUCAGCGAAGAAUUCGAUUCCAAGAAAGAAUGGAAGCAAGAACGUUCUAGAAAAGGACUUAAAUCGCGGAAAGACUCCAGAAAAUAAGAGAGAAAACUCCUCUUCGCCAAAAAAGCAACUGGAUUCUGCAGGCUCUUCAGAAAAUUAUCAUGACCGCAGAGGCUUAAACAAAGAGCACAACAUCAGCCACAAGGAAGAUGUGCCUUUACACAUGGCUGCUAAAGCUGAUGACAAAUUCAGGAAGCCAUCUGCUCGGACUCACCAAACUGAAAAAUCAAGAGAACAUAAAAAUAAAAAUGUUGCCAAUGGGAAAAGCAAAAGGCGGUUAACACACGCUAAGAAGUCAAAACUGACAAACAACUCUAUUCCAGUAAAGCCUGGCGACUUUCAUCCGAAGGGAAAUACUAAGAGGAAAAAGAAAAAGUUAUUUAAAAAGUAUGCUUUAGUUCAAACAUUUUCUCCACUUCAGGCGCAGUCUUUAGAUUACCAACCGAUUGCUACUGGUGGACAAGAAGCUUUAGCGGCAGGGUAUUCUCCAUUAAUUGAGGGGGACCAAACAGGAGAUGUUAAAGACCAGGAUCCAUCUCAACAGCAACAACCGAUCGGUGAUGGCAAUUCAAUAUCGCAGUACGAUAGCGCAGGGUAUCAACAAGACAGCAGCCAGUCAGCUAUUGCAAGUUUUGUGAGUAAUAAUGGCGAAGACGUUGGUCAAAGCGAAGGUAGACAGCAGCCUACCAGUCUAGAACAGGCCAUUCAGUUACAGCAAGAGGCUUACACUCAACAGCCUCAGGAGCAAGGACAAGAACAGGAUAAUGCGAGACCAGGGACUGAAGGUGGGGAACUGGGAGGACAGGCAAGUCAGAUUAUUGACGGAGGGCAAUUGCAAUACCAGAGCGAAGAAGCAGGUCAAAGUCAACAGCAAGGUGCUCAGGAAGGAGCUCCGGAACAAGGUGGAACUCAAACUGGUUUUGAUCAAGGGGGAUUUCAACAGGGGCAGACACAGGAGCUUAGUCAGCAGCAGUCACAAGGCUUUGAUGACCAAUUGCAGCAGCAGCAGCAGGAUCAAGCACAGGAAUACCAGCAGCAACAGCAGCAGCCAUCGGAGGAGUCACAAGAGCCGGAGGCUGCGUCCUCUGAAACGCAGAGUUUCACGACCUCCACCAAUUCCCUUGGUAGUCUGUUCGGAACAGAAGGUCAACAGACAACUGCUGAGCAACAAGGACAGGGAACAGUAACAUAUGCAAACGAGCAGCCUAGUGAAGGGGGAGAUAAGAGCGCGCCACCCGGCGUUCAAUACGCCUCCUCCAUCGAAGAAGCGCUUAAAGAGCCUUCAGUGUCCCCACAAGACAGCAGCAGCGAAGAAGGUGAUGGUCAAGGGAGCCUCGGUGUAAACGAUGGUGCCAAUGUCAUCAAUAUCGGUGGGGGGCCAGAUUCCAGAGAAACCAGCAACAAUGGUUUUAUGGGAGCGGGAACUGUAAGUGCCCCCUCUGGGUAUCAGACCGCCGCUAUAGAUGAUAACGGGAACAAUGACCAAGCUGUGACUGGUACAGAAGUCAAUGGAUAUGCUCCAAUGAAUGACCAGGGUACCAAUAGUGACGCAACUGCAUUAGAGGAAAAUCAACAAUCGCAAGGUACCACAUCUACAGACAAUCAAAAUUCUUUUAACUUUGCUGGACAGCAAUUACAACAGGCAGGCAUUGGGGAGAAGAUGCCGUCACUCGAUGACGAUUUUAACAAGAUUGUUGACAUUGCAAACAAGAACGGCCCAAUGGCAGUCAAAGGAUGUAAAGGAUGUCCUCCUCAUGCAAGAUGCAUAGACAAAGUGUGCAUAAUCAACGACGACCAACCGCUGGCCCAUAUGCUGAAUGCUCUGUCUGGUCCGGAACCAGGUGAACAGUCCCCACCCAGUGAAUGUAAAGAAUGCCAUUACAAUGCUAAGUGCAUCCAAAGACAGUGCGUCUGUAAGACGGGUUACACUGGUGAUGGAUUCGACUGCCGCCCUGACACUUGUUUACCUGGCUGCAAGCAACAUGGAAAAUGCAUCAAAGGGUUCUGUGUGUGUGAUCAUCAUCAUUACUUCAACGGAUAUGAAUGUGCACCAUACAAGAUAACACACAGAAACUGUCCCCUUCAGUGUGCCACGAGAUGUCAUGACGGAUGUCCGCCAAACUGCUGCAAACAUCAUCGAGUUCUAAAGAUUCACUACAACGAUGGAAAUCUUCAGGAGAUAAAUAUACCACCUAAUGCACCGCCCCAGAAAAAUGUUACUACUCCCCGCCCAACAGUAGUUGUCCUUAAACCAGAAGGCAAAGUGAAUGAACACGUGGCGAACUUUGCAUCUGACUUCCAACAGCGCCCUGCUGACUCUGAAUCCACCAACCUGGAAGCUGUGAACUUGAAAAAUCCUGCUGGAGGAUUUGCAGUUUCAGAAAUGGCAGCAAGACCCCUUAUCGAGGACGAGGCAGAAUGUCCAGCGCAAUGUAAGUCGGAGUGUCGUGAUUCUUGCCCUGUUCGAUGUUGUCUUGGAAAGUGCCCAUUCAUUUGCCUGGAAAACUGUCAGCCAUCCUGUCCUAAAACAUGCUGUCAUCUUCCUGGGGCUAAACACCUGAUUCCAAUGAUGGACCCUCAGGUUCAAGAGAACUUCAUGAAAACUAUGGCAGAAAAGUUUUGCCCUAGAGCCUGUAAGGCAAAGUGUAAUCCAAACUGCCCGCCAAUCUGCUGUGAAGUUAAUUCCACUCAUCCUGCAACUUCAGAAAGUGUAGAUCUUCAGAAACUAAAGGGCGAGAGCAAGAAUAGUGCCGAUUUCUUCAGAAAUGCAAUGAGCUGGUUUGGUAUGAUGAACUUUUUGAAUAUGAUGUACAACAUGUAUGGUAAUCUGUAUGGUACCAAACAUUUCGCCAAAUUUCCUGUCAAAGCAAACGAUCAUAAACUAAAAACAGUUAGCCCUACAAAACCUAAGACCGUACGCACAGAAAACCACUUUAAUAUCAAGGAGGUUGGUGUUGCGGAAAGUCACAACAAAGCAAAUGAUCUCUGUCCAGAUUAUUGCAACAAGUCGUGUCUACAUAUUUGUCCCAUGAAAUGUUGCCGCGACAAAUCUGAGGGAAAGACGUUAAUCAAAGUAGGAAAUCCGUUGAAAUGCCAACCAUCAUGUGCGUUGUACUGCUCUAAAACCUGUCCUCCGCUUUGUUGCUCAAAAAAUACCACUUCAUCAUUAGCAGAUCACAAUCCAACAGAGCAAAUCAAAAUUGCAAAGCCUUCACCAGUAUCUCAACCUCCUAGAACUCAGGCUCUAGCUACCUCUUUACCUAAGCCUCCUGCUGCCUGUACACCCAUUUGUCCAGCCUAUUGCUAUCCAAACUGCUUGGAAAGCUGUUGUCAGAGGGGAGAAGUGACUUCUAGAAAACUAUCACAACAACCAGUAGCACCCGAUAAAGCCAAACAGUCAUACAACAAUUUCUUUGCUAAGGAACCUCCUCUCACCAACCAAGAUUGCCCGUCCGUUUGCCGACGCGACUGCGGGCCAUCGUGUCCUUUGCGAUGUUGUGGUCGAACGGUGAUAUCAUCAACACCAACACGUUUGGUAGCUACUCGUCCAUCAAUUAAUUCACCCCUUUGCCCCGGUGGUUGUGCUUCUGAAUGCUUUCCUGCUUGCACGAUAAGUUGCUGUAGAGCUGGCUUUAAAAACGAACAUUCGAACGCAAACGUUCCAGCAGUUAGUCCAACAAGAAGAGAGCGACAACCGGGUCCAAAUCCUCCUUCGUUUCCUCUUCCUCCUCCAGCAGCUGUUUGCCAUUCUGGUUGUUCACGAUCUUGUUAUCCAAAUUGCGACGAGACAUGCUGCAGAGCUUAUUCAGAGCGUGCUUCUGGAUUGUCUGAUCUUAACAAGUCGGCUGUCUCUUCCCAUUUUACCAUUAAAGUACCAUGUCCGUCUGAAUGUAGGCCUUUUAACUGCCUUUACUAUUGUCAUCAUGACUGUUGUUUACCACGAAGCAAUACAGCGGAACUGAAAAAACGUCGCUACCAAGACCAAAGGAAAUACUUAAGUGACAUGAGAAAGGUAAAAGCACCAGCAAAACCAAUGCUGGAUAAAAGUACUGGUGGUCGAAUUAGUAACAGGAGGACAGUGAUUCAUAAGAGACCGACACACUAGAUGUGAUCUGUUUGUAGUUAUAGUGUUAGGAAAAAGUUUUCCCUCCGACUAGAACGAUUCCGUGGGUAUUGAUAAACCCUGCAAUCCCAAAGAUAAUUGCCAUUGCCGGAGUCAUAACCGACUUAAGGCCUGAAGAGAUCACCAAGCUUGGUAUCAACAUAUAGCGGCCAAAUGUUUUGGGAACGAGAAAAUAUCCUUGAUCCCGUAGCAAUCAAUACGAAAAACGCAAGUGAAAAUUCACUAAUUCCUUUGAUCUCGUUUGCGGCGAAUGUAGAAAAAUAAUUAUAUUAUAUAUCCUUUUGCAUACCAAUCUCGACUUUAAUGUUUUGGCUAAAAUUAAAAGAGAAAUAGUUACUACAAAUUUCAGGAGUUUUUUCAUGCAAAUACCUAACCAAAUUGAUUUUAUCAAUUAGAAUUAAUAUAUAUAAUCAUCAAUUAAUAGAAAUGCGCAUACCAGAUGACUAGUGUAGUCCUGAGGGCGGAUAAUUACCUUACACCAUUCAUGGACUGAAAAUGACUCGCAGCAAGAUCAAAGUGCAACCAAUAGGCGCAAUUCUAAUAUAUGCCAUUAGCUGCAGGUCUUUGAUAAGCUACACGUAUGCUAUGUAUGCAUGCCAAUUAUACAACGAACAAAAAUGUGAAUCAGAUAGAUAGAGAAAAUUAUGAAAUGGUAAUUUAUUUAUAAAAGAAGUCUUGAUUCUUUGUUACGCGUCCUUAACCCUCAGACGUACAGGGUUGAUCCUGCAUUCUCUGCGGAAAUCUUGAUAUGUUAGUUGCGUGUCCAUCAAUUUUGACGUUGCAAUGGCAACCAUCAAAUUUCACGUAGGUCUGACCAAAGAUCAGCUUUUUUAAAAGAAAGACAAUUACUUAACUCUAAGGGGCUGAAAAUUCCAGUAGCUGUUCCUUCAUUCACUGUGGAAAUCUUGAUAUGUUAAUUGUGUGUCCAUCAUUUUUGACGUUGCCAUGGCAGCCAUCAAAUUUCACGUAGGUCUGACCAAAACUCAGCUUUUCGAGAUAAUACUGUAUUAACAGGUAUUCAUGAAUUUGUACAUUUUACAAGCAUUCUAACUUGAUUUUGUUUUAAUUUCGAUUAAUUCUACGUAUAUUUUUUGUCAACGCGGAUAAAAACCUUGAACUAAGUUUAGACUUCGAAUUCAGCCUCUAACGUGCACGUUUUCCAUACGAAAUUCGUCUCCAAAGAAGCCCAAAAUUCGAACAUCGUUGCUA